AUGGGGACAGAGACAUUAUGUUGGGUGAUUUGGCGCAGUCUGAUAGACUACAAGACUUUGGGUACUAUAGGUGUAUUAGGGUUUGAGGAGGUUAGACACACUAUUAGUAGGAUGAGAAGGGGAAGAGCUAUUGGUCCAGAUAAGAUCCUGGUGGAUUUUUGGAAGAGCACACACAAGAAAGGUGUAGAGUGGUUGACUAGGUUGUUCAAUACUAUGCUUAAGAUAACAAAAAUGCCUGAUGAAUGGAGGUCGAGUACAAUGGUUCCUUUGUACAAGAACAAGGGCUAUAUCCAAAACUGUAAUAACUACAGGGGACGUUUGACUACUGAAGCAAUCCACCUUAUGCGAAGAUUGAUGGACAAAUAUAGGGAAAGGAAGAAGGAUCUUCAUAUGGUGUUCAUUGACCUUGAAAAGGCGUAUGCCAAAGUCCUAAGAGAUGUUCUCUGGAGGUGUUUAGAGGCUAAGGGUAUCCUGAUGGUGUAUAUUAGAGCGAUAAAGGACAUGUAUGAUGGAGCUAAGACUCGGGUGCAAACAGUGAGAGAAUACUCGGAGCUCUUCCCAAUGGAGAUGGGUUACAUAAGGGAUUAG